UCAAUAAUUGAUAAUUAUAAUCUUUUGUCUGUAGAACGAACGCUUCCUUUUAUGAGUGUAUCAUUUAUAGAGCAGUGUCUGUCAUUUGUAUAAAUGUUUUGUUAUUGUGAAUUUAAAGAUGUCCCAGUACUUAAGAAUUUCUUGUCUCUUUCUGAUUACAUAUUUUUUUGGAAUGAUUAAUUCAGCUUGCAAUUAUGUUGAAUUGCGUGAUCCGCAAAGAAGAUACUACUAUAAUGAUCGGAGAAAUUUACUGUUGAUUUGUACCGGAGAGAGCCUUCCUUUUUCUAAAGAAGAAAAAUGUUCCAACUGCGAUUAUUUUACAGUCAGCAUAUCAAAAUCUAACAUUUCUGAAUUGCCUUCCUCAUCAUUUUUGAAAAUCUCAAGUGUGCUUUCGUUAAAUUUAACCGGAAACUUUAUUAAAAAAAUAUCACCUGGAAGUUUUACCGGACUUUACCAUCUACAACGAUUAAAUUUGUCAAAUAAUGAAUUAAGUGAAGUUCCACCCGGAGUGUUUAAUUCGUUAGUACAGUUAACCAAUCUAGAUUUAUCUAUGAACAAGAUUAAACAUUUGGAUGAAAACUGUUUGACAGGGAUAUUGGGUUUGUUGUAUUUAAAUCUAUCAAGAAAUUUAUUACCUAUGUUUGACGAUACUGUAUUAGCGCAAAUUCAAAAUUUGAAGCAACUAAAUCUAAGCGAAAACAAUAUUUCCGAAUUGAUCUUAAAGACUUCAGCAAGUCGAAUUGAAAAUUUUGAUGUGUCAAAUAACAAUGUAAGUACCGUAGAUAUUUGUAUGCCUGGAGUUGUUGUGCUAAACGUUAGUUUCAAUCAAAUACAUACUCUUCUUGCAAAUAAUUGCUCGGCAAAUUUAAAGAUUCAAUUUUUAGAUAUAAGUAAUAAUUUACUAAACGCAAGUAGUAUAAAAAAUGUAACUAAUUUGAUCAGUUUGAAGUACUUGAAUGUUAGAGGUAAUGGUCUGAUUUCUGUUCCCAGUUAUUUGUUCGUAAAAUUUACAAAUUUAUACUAUUUGGAUAUAUCGCAUAAUAAAAUUCGUGAUUUAAAUUACGGUGUAUUUGAUCAUUUAAGUAAUUUGAAAUAUUUAGAUCUCUCGUACAAUCAACUGAUUUCUUUAAAACGAUAUUUACAUUCUCUGAGAAAUUUAAAUACUUUACUCAUUAACAACAAUGAUUUGCAGGAUUUUGAUUCCAAACAAAUAAUAAAAGAUUUGCCUUCUUUGAGCACAAUCAAUCUGGAUAAAAAUGAUUUUUCUUGCAUCGAUUUAGUUGAAAUAGUGCACGAUUUUGAUAAGAAACUUAUUAGAGGAACUGCUUGGAAUAAUUCAAACAUUCAUGGAAUAGUUUGUGAUGAAUUCGAUAGUUCUGAUUUUAAGUUUAAAAAAGAACUCGUUAAUUAUCUGAAAGAUGUUAUUUCAUCAAAAUUAAACAGUUCAGAAAGCAGUAUUAUGUAUGAUUACUUCAAUAAAGAUUUUAAAACUAGCAACUUUUACAAGUAUUUAGAGAGUCUUAAAGCUAUAAAUUCUCAAAGUUUUAACGGUUCGGACACUCUUAAAUAUUUCAAUGAAGAUUUCGAAAAAAGUAAAUUUUACAAAUUUUUAGAGGGCCUAAAAUCUAGCGAAAACAACACGAUAGAAUUCAGUAGGGGUUUAUACAAUUAUUUCAACAAUGAUUUUAACAAUAGUAAUUUCGUUAGAUAUUUGAAUAAGCUCGAAGAAUCUAGAACGAAUUUCGAAAACAGCAGCAUGUUUAAUUAUUUCAAUAGCGGGUUCGAAAACAGCAAGUUUUAUAAGUAUUUGGAAAAUUUUAGAAUUCAUUUUGACUCUCCUGUAUCUGAUAGUACUCACAAGAACGAUUAUUUGCGAGGAGAACUUGAAACUAACACUAGUAAUUAUUCUGUGUUUCUUGCUUUAAUUUGUAUUUUAUUAGUAGUUUCUGUAGCCUUUAAAUUUGCCAAAUGUUAUAGUAAAUAUACGAGUAACAAAAAUAAAUUUGUACAAAGCGAACAGGUUCAAUUAUUUGAUAAUGUUGCUUAAUGACAUAUUCAUAGUAAUAAAAUAUACUUUUGCAAAUAAAUUGUUAAUAUA